GCAACAUCGAUCACCAUGGAUCCAUAACAUAUAAUUUUUUUCCGACGAUACCAUGCGUCGGAAACAUUCAGAAGAACUUCCACGGUUUGUGCCGGCUACGAGAUCGCUAGCAACCCAAUUCCGACGUCGUCACCUCAUCUACAUUCUCGUCGGAUUGCUCUUCGUAUACUGGCUGCUCCCCUCUAGACAGCCCUCCCAAGUCCACGAUGACAAUCGACCACCGCCUGUCAAUUGGCACCGUUACGCCUACAGCCUCUACGCAACGGACAGCGCAACGCUAUGCCACGCCGUUCUGAUUUUCGACGCGCUCGCCAAGUUUGGAAGUAAAGCAGACCGUAUACUUUUCUACCCCAAGCAAUGGGACACAAUAGUGUCGGGCCCGCGCGACCGCGACAGCCAGCUGCUCGUCAUGGCGAGGGACGUCUACAAGGUCAAACUCGAACCGGUUGAUCUUCUCACCGUUGAGGGUCGAGUCAAAGAUUCAUGGUCUGGAACCUGGGACAAGUCGGUCACUAAGUUCAUGGCCUUUUCCCUUACCUACUACGAUCGGGUGAUCGCCCUUGAUUCGGACCUCACGCUGCUGCAGUCCAUCGACGAACUGUUCCUCCUCCCACCGACGCCGAUGGCCAUGCCGCGCGCAUACUGGCAGGAAAAACCGGCGCCCCUGACGUCCUUCCUCAUGGUUGUCAAGCCCGACCUGGCUGAGUUCGAACGCUUCAAGCGGACGAUAACGAGCGGUGGGAAGCAGGCUGUGGUCGAGGCGCACAGGUUCGAUAUGGAGAUUGCGAAUGAGCGGUUCGAAGACAGCGCGAUGGUGCUGCCGCACCGACCGUACGGCCUGCUCACGGGAGAGUUCCGCAGCAUGAACCACAGCGCGUAUCUGGGAGACCCGGACGAGGUGUGGGACGCAGAGAAGAUCCGCAGCGAGGCGAAGCUCGUCCACUUCAGCGACUGGCCGCUCCCCAAGCCGUGGAUCAUGUGGCCACUCGAGGGUCUCGCAGAGGUGCAGCCGGACUGCGGCGGCAGCCACGAGGGGAGCUGUCCGGAGAGGAAGAUCUGGAAGCACUUCUAUGAGGACUUUCGCCAUAGGCGUAAGGAAAUUUGCAAAUUGCUCAGCGUGCCUGCGCCGGACUGGUACAAGAUCAAGGAUGGAUACCAUCGUCCGAAUGCCACAGCGGCGACGGAGGAGGGCACGACGCAUGCAGCGUCAAUUGAGGCUCAGGGAGAGGUCCGGGGCGAGAGCGAGGCAAAGGCCAGUGUAGAAGUGGCUUCGCACGAUACUUGAAUCACAUAUAACAGCAUAUAAACAUAGAAAUAAACAUACGAAGAUAGACUUCGACCCAUGGAUUAGCAUCCGGCACGAUUGACGCCGCGGACCACCACACCAGUUCUCUCUCACCUUCUCUUCGCUCACCGAGCCUCUAUGGCGCAGA